CGUCCAAUCCAAGCCCGGGCUGUCGGCUCGAAUAGAUCAGUACCGCACUUCUGAGUCUCCUAACCUGACAGACGAGGACGUUUCACAGCCAUUUAGCGAGACUCUGAGCUCCUGAGUGUCGGGAAACGUGGAACCCAAAGGGUUAAACUCGAGACGGUUUUCAGUGUUAAAGGGGGCGGGGCCUCAAAUUUCGGUUAGUAUAGAUAAUUAUGUAGUAGACAGGACACGGAAAUGCAGGACAGUCUGCUGCUGUCACUGAAACAGACAGAUGUGACCUGGGUCCUGGCGCCCCUCCUGUUCAGGUCUGCUGUCACUCCUCACCCCCAAUUUUCACCGCAUCCAGAACGGUUCCAAUCCAGAACAGCGGCGAUUUUCGCCAUCCGCCAAUUUCUACCAGAUCCGUUUGUGAGGCAAAUUUGCGGCGGAUUACAAACAGCAGGAAUUGUAACCCUCAGAUUCACGUUCAAUCGCACGAAGACAGACAUAGACACACAUAGACAUAUAAGCAGUAGAUUGUGUCCUUCCAGAGGAGGAAAUCUACUUCUAGACUUCUAGAAUCAGCAUCUCCUCAUCCAUGGUGUCAUCGGGGUGAAAUGACGUCUAAAAACCUUUCACUUGUUCGUCUCCGCCCGUUUGCAUGGUGUGAAAUACGAUCCUCCUGAAACACGGAGUGUUUUAUUUUGAAAAGAAGCCGGAUGUUUUAUUUUGAAGUCUGUGCUCGACUUCCUUUCCAGCACGGGUUAAUCUGUGCUGAAUUUAUCCGCCAUGCUCCGGCGUCCAGAAAAAAUAGAACUCUUGUGAUCAGCUGAGGAGUCCGGCGAUCCGCAGAGGAACGGAAAGAAGUCGGUGUAAAUUGACACGUUAACUUGAAUGGUUACGAUCAGCUACGAUCGGAGGAUACGACCUUUGAGGAGACCAUCAGGAUGAAGGUGGAGGUUGGGGGUAAUCUACUGAAGCUGCAGUACUGGAUCUGAACUACAGGGGGCAGAUCUCUUUUGUUAUCAGCCUAGAUGUCACACCGUAGAUCUGCUCCGUCUCAUCAGAUCUGAACUUUGUUUUUUUUUUUUCAGCUAAGGUUCUGCUGGAGUUAGCCGAAGGUUCAUCUGUUUCCACGGCGACCAAGCUGUUUGUGGACGCAGGUCUGACCCCCCACCUGACGGGCUCCGAGGCUCUGACCCUGCUGGCUCCUCUGGACGAGGCGUUCAAAGGUAACAGCUCCCCCUGCUGACCUCUGACCUCCAGGACUCUGCGUCACUUUUCACGUUGUCGUUAAAGUGAUGAUUCACUGUGGUGUGUGUGUGUGUGUGUGUGUGUGUGUGUGUGUGUGUGUGUUACAGGUCCCGUCUCCAUGACCCCUGACAUGAGGACUCUGCUGACCAACCACGUCCUGAAGGAGCAGCUGUCCUCCAACUCUCUGUAUCACGGUCAGGAGCUGGAGACGCUGGGAGGACUCCGCCUGCGAGUGUUCGUCUACAGAAACGUGAGAAACUCAUUUUUGAGUCUCUGAGACCGUUUUCAGAUUCAACAACUAAACCAGCAGUUCGGACCGAUUUACCCCAAAUGUAGUUUCCAGUAUUCAGGAGGUGAAAGUAACAGCUUUAAAUACAGUUACCCACAAUGCAAAGUGCUGAGCAGACGGCAGAAUAGCAGAGAGCGGCAAAACUUUUCAGCAGAGUCCUCCUGACAGCCUGUCCUCUUCUUCUUCUUCUCCUUCUCCUUCUCCUUCUUCUUCUUCUUCUCCUUCUUCUUCUUCUUCUUCUUCUUCUUCUUCUUCUUCUUCUUCUUCUUCUUCUUCUUCUUCUUCUUCUUCUUCUUCUUCUCCUUCUUCUUCUUCUUCUUCUUCUUCUUCUUCUUCUUCUUCUUCUUCUCCUUCUUCUUCUUCUUCUUCUCCUUCUUCUUCUUCUUCUCCUUCUUCUUCUUCUUCUUCUUCUCCUUCUUCUUCUUCUUCUUCUUCUUCUUCUUCUCCUUCUUCUUCUUCUUCUUCUUCUUCUCCUUCUUCUUCUCCUUCUUCUUCUCCUUCUUCUUCUUCUUCUUCUUCUCCUUCUUCUUCUCCUUCUUCUUCUUCUUCUUCUUCUUCUUCUUCUUCUUCUCCGACAAGAACGUUUGUUUUCAUACCGAACAGUUUUUAUCUCCAUCUCCAUCAAAGCCUCAAAUUUUCCGCCUUCUCCUCGUCCUUUAUUCUGUACGGUACGCCUGAUGAUGACCACACACAGCGCACGCCAUCAGCCAUGUUUCCAUCCCACAGCUGGACAGUCAGCUGACAUUAGAGGGGGUCUGAACAGUCGGACUGACAGGAGACGGGAGUUUGGAUUGGAGGGUUAACUGAUGAUGGAUCAGAGGGUCAUCAGUUUACACGAUCGGCCAACAAAAUAACAUUUCACUUUGAGACAUCUGAAACUUUUUCCUCGCCAAAGCGAGAGCGACAAAAGAGCGAUGACGAAAACCAUGAACAAGGUCAGUCACAUUUUUAGGAGGUUCUGUUUCAGCCCAGUCAUCUUUGAGCCCAACGGACCGACACAGUGUGACCAAAAACCAUCAACGAGGACAACAGAACCGACAACAGAACCGACAACAGAACUUUGAGAAUCAAACGCCGCCAGAUCAUCGACGAGUCAUCGCAGAGACAGAACAGGUUCUGAUGGUUUUGGACUAAAAAAUCCAGAAAAAUCAAAUUAAAACAGAAAAGAUUUUUUUCAGUGAGUAAAUGAACGAACAACUCUGUGAGAGUAUGAUGGACUUUUCCAAACUGGAAACCAGUUAAACCAGUUAAACCAGUUAAACCAGUUAAACCAGUUAAACCAGUUAAACCAGUUAAACCAGACCAACCAAACUACAGAAUAACAGCCGACUGUAUACUACUAUAGAACUCAGUACUCAGUACUCAGUAUGAAGUAUCUACUGUAUACUACUAUAGAACUCAGUACUCAGUAUGAAGUAUCUACUGUAUACUACUAUAGAACACAGUACUCAGUACUCAGUAUGAAGUAUCUACUGUAUACUACUAUAGAACACAGUACUCAGUAUGAAGUAUCUACUGUAUACUACUAUAGAACACAGUAUGAAGUACUCAGUAUGAAGUAUCUACUGUAUACUACUAUAGAACUCAGUACUCAGUAGUCAGUAUGAAGUAUCUCCUGUAUACUACUAUAGAACACAGUACUCAGAAUGAAGUAUCUACUGUAUACUACUAUAGAACACAGUACUCAGUCUGAAGUAUCUACUGUAUACUACUAUAGAACACAGUACUCAGUAUGAAGUAUCUACUGUAUACUACUAUAGAACACAGUACUCAGUAUGAAGUAUCUACUGUAUACUACUAUAGAACUCAGUACUCAGUAUGGACUGAAUACUGCGGUCAGCAGCAGUCUGCAGAAGGACUAAUUGGAAACCAGCCCUCGACUCGGGUUUGGAUCAGAUCCUCUGCAGCUGAUUGGGUUUGUGGUGGUGGUUUUCAGGGUCUGGUUCUGGUCUGCAGCUCUUUGUUGUGGCGUGUUUAACCAGAAGCUGUUUGUGGGUCUGGUUCUGGGUUCAGACGGGGAUUCCUGUUCCCUGGAAAAACUCGCCCGUCGUCUGUUUCUGCAGAAUUUCUCGCUCAGAUAGUUUCCACAUGAUCCCACUCCGAUGGUUCCUGUCAGCUCGCUGAAGCAGCUGCUGUGUGGGAACAGAUCCGUUUGUCAGGCUGUCUGUUGGGUCGUCUGUUGCCGGGCGGAUCAGGAGGAUGGUCCAUCUUCGUUGGCCGUAAAUACAGUGUGGUGAUGUCAUGAGGUCGACGGGUUCCUGUCUGUUUGUCAUUAAUGGCGUGAAUCACGGCGUGUCUCAGGAGUCAGACAGAAAACAAUGAAGUGUUUGUAAUUAAAAGAUAUUCUUCAACAGCAAUGACAGCGUGAACCGACCCGGGCCCAUUACUGCGACCACAUGAUGUCAUCAUGAUGUCAUCACGCCGCCCUGUGGGGACGUGAAUCAGAGCGGCGAACAGCAGAGUCAAUGUUCUGGUUCUGGAGGAAAUAAAACCUCAAACCUCCUCCAGACCAGGAUCCAACCUGACCCCUGUGUGUACACAAUCUGAGCUCAACUGCCCCCCCCAAGGGGUGUUUCCAUGGCAACGGAAGUAAACAAACAUGGUGUCUAAGGAAGAGGGUCAAAAUCUGUACCUGCAGCUCAGAAGGAGGUCGGGAAGAUGAGAGAGAAAAUAUUUUUGAUUCCAACAAAAAUGAAUUAAAAAAAGAGUGAAAUGACGUUUGUUCUCAUUUGAUCUCAUCUGAACUCUUAAAGGGAUGAGCGUUCGGGUCAGAACCUCUCAGAACCAGCUGAACUAUCCUGCAGAGUCCACCGUUCAUAGAAAACUGUACUCCACGUCCUGUUACUGCCGUAAAACCUCAGGUGACGCCUGGUUCUGCCACAUCUAGGUGGUUCAUUUCUACAACAGAGACGGUGACGGCUCUGAGAAAUCAGCGUCAGGUAAAAAUCGAAGAAAGCUCCGCCCACAGGUGAGACAGGUGAGACAGGUGAGACAGGUGAGACAGAGGAGCAAACACGCGAACAGCUGAUUUAUGGUCAGGAAUCCUGUAGGUCACGAAAACACAAACAGUCAGAUCAUUUGGGGUCUCAGGUGGUCGUCUGGACUGGUCUCUGCUGGUCUCUGGUGGUCUCAGGUGAUCUCUGCUGGUCUCUGGUGGUCUCCCCCCUGUGGCUCCACAUGUUUCAGGUCCUGGACUUGUGGGUGGUUCGCAUUUCUGCUCACUAAUGAACUCCACAGACCACAAAGAGUUUCCUGCUUCCCACGGCUGCUAAAUCUUUCCAGACACAGUGUGUGUGUGUGUGUGUGUGUGUGUGUGUGUGUGUGUGUGUGUGUGUGUGUCUCACAUCGUUAUGAUGGUUUCUUUGUUCUGUCUCUCAUGACUUCAUGAUGUUUUCCGUGAACGUUCAGCAGACUAACAGACGUGACUGACUGCGUUUCUCUCCCAGAAGUUAAAGUUCAUCGUCUUUAUUUCAGCAGCUGUUCACCUUCAAACCAAAACUCAUGUCAGAAAAGACCGAAAUAUUCUGUUUCAGAUCUAAACAUGUUCGACUCAGCUGAUCUCUGUGGACCCAAAACCCCCAAAAUAAACAAACAGGGUGGAUCGGCACAAACCGAUACAACCUGACUUUGACUAAUCAAUGAAAGUGAUCGAUCGAACUCUGAUCCAGAAACAACAGAGACGGACUCACUGAAAACAGAGAUCAGCUUCGUUAGAGAACACCCAACUGCAGUCUAAGUCUAUAUCAGUCUAUGUCUAUAUCAGUCUAAGUCUAUAUAAGUCUAUGUCUAUAUCAGUCUAAGUCUAUAUAAGUCUAUGUCUAUAUCAGUCUAUGUCUAUAUCAGUCUAGAUCUAUAUCAGUCUAAGUCUAUAUCAGUCUAAGUCUAUAUCAGUCUAUGUCUAUAUCAGUCUAGAUCUAUAUCAGUCUAAGUCUAUAUCAGUCUAAGUCUAUAUCAGUCUAGAUCUAUAUCAGUCUAAAGUCUAUAGCAGUCCAAAGUCUAUAUCAGUCUAUGUCUAUAUCAGUCUAAGUCUAUAUCAGUCUAUGUCUAUAUCAGUCCAAAGUCUAUAUCAGUCUAAGUCUAUAUCAGUCUAGAUCUAUAUCAGUCUAAGUCUAUAUCAGUCCAAAGUCUAUAUCAGUCCAAAGUCUAUAUCAGUCUAGAUCUAUAUCAGUCUAUGUCUAUAUCAGUCUAAGUCUAUAUCAGUCUAAAGUCUACAUCAGUGUAGAUCUAUAUCAGUCUAAGUCUAUAUCAGUCUAAGUCUAUAUCAGUCUAAGUCUAUAUCAGUCUAGAUCUAUAUCAGUGUAAGUCUAUAUCAGUCUAUGUCUAUAUCAGUGUAAGUCUAUAUCAGUCUAAGUCUAUAUCAGUCUAAGUCUAUAUCAGUCUAACGUCUAUAUCAGUCUAAGUCUAUAUCAGUCUGUCUAUAUCAGUCUAAGUCUAUAUCAGUCUAAGUCUAUAUCAGUCUAAGUCUAUAUCAGUCUAGAUCUAUAUCAGUCUAAAGUCUAUAUCAGUGUAAGUCUAUAUCAGUCUAGAUCUAUAUCAGUCUAGAUCUAUAUCAGUCUAUGUCUAUAUCAGUCUAAGUCUAUAUCAGUCUAGAUCUAUAUCAGUCUAUGUCUAUAUCAGUCUAAGUCUAUAUAAGUCUAUGUCUAUAUCAGUCUAAGUCUAUAUAAGUCUAUGUCUAUAUCAGUCUAUGUCUAUAUCAGUCUAGAUCUAUAUCAGUCUAAGUCUAUAUCAGUCUAAGUCUAUAUCAGUCUAUGUCUAUAUCAGUCUAGAUCUAUAUCAGUCUAAGUCUAUAUCAGUCUAAGUCUAUAUCAGUCUAGAUCUAUAUCAGUCUAAAGUCUAUAGCAGUCCAAAGUCUAUAUCAGUCUAUGUCUAUAUCAGUCUAAGUCUAUAUCAGUCUAUGUCUAUAUCAGUCCAAAGUCUAUAUCAGUCUAAGUCUAUAUCAGUCUAGAUCUAUAUCAGUCUAAGUCUAUAUCAGUCCAAAGUCUAUAUCAGUCCAAAGUCUAUAUCAGUCUAGAUCUAUAUCAGUCUAUGUCUAUAUCAGUCUAAGUCUAUAGCAGUCCAAAGUCUAUAUCAGUCUAGAUCUAUAUCAGUCUAAGUCUAUAUCAGUCUAUGUCUAUAUCAGUCUAAGUCUAUAUCAGUCUAGAUCUAUAUCAGUGUAAGUCUAUAUCAGUCUAUGUCUAUAUCAGUGUAAGUCUAUAUCAGUCUAAGUCUAUAUCAGUCUAAGUCUAUAUCAGUCUAACGUCUAUAUCAGUCUAAGUCUAUAUCAGUCUGUCUAUAUCAGUCUAAGUCUAUAUCAGUCUAAGUCUAUAUCAGUCUAAGUCUAUAUCAGUCUAGAUCUAUAUCAGUCUAAAGUCUAUAUCAGUGUAAGUCUAUAUCAGUCUAGAUCUAUAUCAGUCUAGAUCUAUAUCAGUCCAGAUAUAGAGGGCACACAUGCUCAGUGGUCCGAGUCCAGAACCCUGUGGAACUCCAUGACUCAGUUUUUCUAACAUUAGAUUCUUACUUUGGUAUGACAGACCGACCAAUCAGAGCCCUCCAACCUUCUCUGUCUGCAGGUGGAGGUUCAGGUGUCGUUGAGGCUUCAGUCAGUCGGGUUCUUGUGUGUAGAUCUUAGUGGAUCUUGGAGGAUGAUGUAGUUCUGGUCUCACGUCCGCCCUCCUCUCUGUGUCUGUAGAGCCUCUGCAUCGAGAACGCCUGCAUCGCCGCUCACGAUAAGAAGGGCCGAUACGCCACCCUGUUCACGGUGGACAAGGUCCUCACCCCUCCCAUGGGGACAGUGAUGGACGUGCUGAAGGCUGAUGACCGCUUCAGGUGAGUCCUCGUCUGUAACCUUCAGGAGAGCUCCUUUGAGCGGAGACGUCGUUUGGACACGUGAGAGAAUCAAACAGAAACUGGGAUGAGUCAGAGUGUUCAGGACGUUCCAGGAGCUUUAACGACGUGGACUCAGAGAGUUCAGCUCUGAUGGUUCCAGCAGACGCCAUCACCUCCUCCUCCUCCUCCUCCUCCUCCUCCGCCUCCCUGUGUUUUCUCAGGCUCAGGAUUCCUCCAGCAGGACUUCACUAACAGCUCUCAGUCUGAUCAUCAUCAGGCUCUCAGCUGUCGUUAAGUCUCCACAUGAUUGAACGUGGAGGGUCUCUGUGGGGUCUCCACCUUCUGGUCUGCUGUGAGGAGGAGGAGGAGGAGGAGGAGGAGGAGGAGGAGGAGGAGGAGGAGGAGGAGGAGGAGGAGGAGGUGUGCUGACGUGAACCUGUUCUGCAGGGAAACACAAACAGAGAGGCCGUCGAUAAAAGAAGAGCAGCCUCAUUAAAAAGGUGAAAAUCUCUCCUCUGUGGUUCAAUAACGUCUUCAUGAAGAAAAACCAGCGAGUGCAUGAAGAGCUUCACAGCCGCUGAAUAAACCUGGAGCUCAGACUCGCUCUGACGUCUUUUUAAAAUUUGAAUCAGAAUAAAGAGUCGUGUCCAGAAAUGAAAAAUCAGCAUAUACCGGGAAAAAACGACAAAGUUACAACAAAAAAACCAUGAAGACACUUGGACGAAGUGGAGGAAGACGCUGAGACCUUCACAGAGGCAGGAGAUCACUGAGAGCGAGAACUUGGUGAAGAAGGAAAGGGAACAGUUCUGCUCCCUGAGAUGGACCCGCUCCUCCUCACACCUCCUGAAGAGGGAGACAGAGAGAGGUCAGAAACAUGUCUUCACAAAACACGGCAGAAACAGGAUCAGAAGAUCUGAGUUAGAGUCGAUUUUAAUGAGAAGAAGAGGUCCGAGGAUCGACCCCUGUGGAACUCCACUGAUACUCAGUAAAUACACACGUGUGUCACAGAGGCGUCUUUCUAGAAGAUCUCAGUCUGGACCUGUUUCAGAGGUUUGUCUUCAGCCUCCCAAACGUCCCGUAGAAACCAGCUGACAGCAGAAGUUUCCAUGAAAAGAGUCUCAGAUUAGAGCAGAGUCUGUGUCUUUCCUGUAAAUGAAUGUUGUUGUUUUCUCCGCUUUAAAAUAGAUUUACACACACACACACACACACACACACACACACACACACACACACACACACACACACACACACAGAAGUGUGUUUUUAUUUUCAAACAUCUGCCUGUUAAACUGAACAUCUUUUUCUGCGUUUGUUUGGGUUUCUGGUCCAGAACUAUGUGACAGGGUUCUUCUUGUUUUUCUUGUUUUUGUUGAUUUAUUGACUUUUCUAGAAACUGAAGACUCUGUUGUCACGAUAAAACAGAUGACUGAGUGAACGCUUCAGCUCGGUCUGAGACGCUGAAAUCUAUAUUUACGGUGAUUUUGUGUCAUCAACGCCGUUAUUAUCGCCACGUUUUCCUCAGAGACUCCUCCUCUCAGAGGUGUAAGAAUCAAACGCUCCUCCUCUCCUUUCAGUCUCCUGGUCGGGGCCAUCCAGACGGCGGGGAUGACUGAGCUCCUGAACCAGCAGGGGGCGCUCACCUUCUUCGCUCCCACUAAUGAGGCCUUCAGCGCCAUGCCGCCGGCUGAGCUCAACAAACUGAUGCGUGAGUUUAAACGGGUCUCUGUUCAGUUUCAGGUCGCCGUGGUCGCCUCCUCUCGUACCCGGGGUCUACAGGAACAAAUCAACGUCAUGCUGUGAAGUAGAAGAAGAGCGUUAGUCGUAGACUGAGACCAUGAGACCGUCAGGGAAAUGUAAACGAAGAGAAUCAAUCAGCUGUGAAGUCGGAGUAUCCCUCAUAGACUUCUGUUCAAUCAGUCGCCCCCUGGUGGACGUUAGAGAGUCUGCAGGUGUCUGUGAAGAUCAUCAGCUCGCUGACGUCUGUCCUGAUGACGGAUGAUUGUAUCUGCGCUCGGCGGGACCGUCCAUCACUGGUGUUUACCUGUUGUGUCCCCGUCUCCUAGGUAACCGUCAGGAGCUGUCUGCGGUGCUCAGGUAUCACCUGGGGGAGGGCUUGCUGGUCAGCGGGGGAGUCAGCUCUCACACCAGAGUCAAACCGCUGCAGGGGGAGAGACUGGAGCUGGGCGUGGUCAGUCUCCGCCCACACUUUCACGCUUUCAAAUAACUUUAUUUAAACACAGACGAUAACACACACCUGUACCUGUUACAGAGGAACUACACCGUCUACGUCAACAGGAUCCCCGUGGUCGAAGGCGACCUGAUGGCGACUAAUGGAGUGGUCCACGCCAUCAACAGCAUCAUCAAACCUCUGCGUGAGUCACAGCGCCCCCUGCCUCAUGUUUGAUGGUUGAACAGGAUCAGUUUUUGUCCUCAGACUCUGCAGAGUCCAGGAUCACGGUUUCUGUGUGUUUGUGUGUCUGCAGCUCCGAAGGUGGAGCGAGAGCAGGCGGACGGACCUGCAGCUCCGCCCAGAUCAGCCGCUUCCUCCAGGGUGAGGGAACACACACACACACACACAUAUGAACACAUACACACACAAACACAUGAACACACACACACACACACACACAUGAACACACAUGAACACACACACACACACACACAUGAACACACAUGAACACACACACACACACACACACACACACAUGCACACACACACACACACACAUAUGAACACACACACACACACACACACAUGAACACACACACACACACACACAUGAACACACACACACACACACACACACACAUGAACACACACACACACAUGAACACACACACACAUGAACACACACACACACACACACACACACACACAUAUGAACACAUACACACACACACACACACACACAUGAACACAUACACACACACACACACACACACAUGAACACAUACACACACACACACACACACACGAACACAUACACACGAACACAUACACACACACACACACACACACAUGAACACAUACACACACACACACAUGAACACAUACACACACACACACACACAUGCACACACACACACAUGAACACACACACACACACAUGCACACACACACACACACACACACAUGAACACACAUACACAUGAACACACACAUGAACACACACACACACACACACACGCACACACACACACACACACACAUACACAUGAACACACACAAGAACACACACACACACACACACAUGCACACACACACAUGCACACGCUCACACACGCUCACACACACACACACACACACACACACACAAGAACACACACACACACAUGCACACACAUGCACACACACACACACACACAUGAACACACAUACACACAUGAACACACACACACACACGCACAUGAACACACACAUACACAUGAACACACACAAGAACACACACACACACACACACACGCACAUGCACACACACACACACAUGCACACACACACACAUGAACACACACAAGAACACACACACACACACACACACACACAUGCACACACACACAUGAACACACACACACACACGAACACACACACACAUACACACACACACACACACAUGAACACACAAACACACACAUGAACACACACACACACACACACGAACACACACACACACACACACACACACACACACACACACACACAGAUUUGAGAAAAGCGUCCCAGCAGAGCGCGGCGGUCUCUGCUCGCCUCUGAACUAAAACUUUAAAUCAUUGAUUUUAAAUCGAUUGAUUGAUCUUCUGCUGGAGGUUCUGAUGAUUUUCUCUCUCUUGGUUUUUUCUCUCAGGUCGACUCCAAGAGCUUCAGGGACGGUGAGUUUCCUGUCCGUCUCACUCUCCCGCUCUAACUGACGGUUUCUCUCCGGUUCGAUGUUUCCUGUUUGUUUCUUUCAGACGAUCUUUUCCAGAAGGUGGUCCGCAGCCGCUCCAGCAGGGCGAUGGCUAAGAGUCAGUAAAACUGCAGAGGAGGAGGAGGAGGAGGAGGAGGAGAACCGUCCCAUCAGAACUUCACCUGUGCUCAUCACAAAGGGUCAAAGGUCACAGAUAUAAGUCCUCCGGUCUUCAGUUUCUCCUGUUUCAGAAACUCUGAAGCAGGAGAAACUGAAGUUCAGCAGGUUCCUGUCUGAUCGGCAGAGCGCCUCACUUUGCCCUGAGUUUGGCCUCUCAGGCGGCUCUGACGGCUGAUUGGUGGCGCUCCUGUCUGAAAGGUCACAGGUCAUCAUGAUAGAGUAAAGUUUGUAUUCAUGCAUCAAUAUUUUCACUCUGAUAUCAAACUCAUGUAGCUUUUUUUAGACAGGAAAUAAAAUCCAUGUAUGUUUUUUUUUUUUUUUACUGCGUCUGAAACCAAAUAAGCAUCUCUGCAGGUCGGUGAAAGGCAUUCUGGGAAGUGUAGGAGGAAGUGAGGAGAAGAAGAAAUCGAGUUUUUAACAAGUUUCUCUUUUUUAUGUUUUUACUGUUUUUUUUUUUUUGUACUGUAAAGAAGUUUGAAGUUUCACAUGUAAACUUUUGUUAAGUGUGUGUGUCUGUCUGUGUGCGUGUGUGUGUGUGUGUGCGUGUGUGUGCGUGUGCGUAGACUCUGUGUGUGGUGGUCCUGCAGCAUGUCGCAGGUCUGAACACACAGAGACUCGCUGUUUUAGGAUUUUUGUACAAAAUAAAGAUGAAAAUGAGCUUCA